CCAGUACGCGAGACUAUCCCUCUCUCUCUCUCUCUCUCACACACACACACACACACUCUCUCUCUCAGUGCCUUCUGUGCCUCAGCCAGACCUGUGACUCUGCAGGAUUACGACACGAGCGGAUCUGCGGAAUCCCCGAGAUCGAUACCAAGAACGAUCAAGAGUUCCUGGUGAGAAGAAUCACCAUGAGUGUCAACAUGAAUGAACUGACGGACUUUCUGGACAUGUUGCGAGAUCAGAACUUCUCCUUCCUGGAGGAGAACGGCUCUCGAGUGGAGACGAUGGUGUGCCAAAGUACCUUCAGCCAAACUGCCAUGCUCUACUCCCUCUCCGUCCUCUACGUGUUCAUCUUCAUCAUAGGCCUGGCCGCUAACACACUGGUGGUGUGGGUGAACAUUCGCUCCAGCCGUGAGCGCCACGAGACACACUUGUACAUCCUCAACCUGGCCAUCGCUGACCUCUGUGUAGUGGCGACACUGCCAAUAUCUAUCAGCUCACUUCUACAGCAUGGCCACUGGCCUUUCGGUGAUGCCAUGUGUAAGAUCACACAUCUGAUUUUCAGUGUCAACCUCUUCAGCAGCAUCUUCUUUCUUACUUGCAUGAGUGUGGACCGCUAUCUCACAGUGGCUCGUUUCGGUGAUUCCCCUGGACACAGCAAGAGAAAGUGGAUAAGGCAGGUCAUCUGUGUGGCCAUAUGGGUGUUGGCACUAUUUGCCGCUUUGCCUGACACUUACUUUCUCCAAGCGGUCAAGUCCACGCACUCAGAUUUAACCGUGUGCAAGUCAGUGUACCCACCUGAGAAGUUGCAUGAAUGGACUGUAGGUGUCCAACUGAGUUUCAUUGUUCUUGGUUUUGCCAUUCCCUUCCCUGUUAUUGCUGUUUUCUAUGCCCUCCUGGCCAGGGUGAUCAGCUCCUCGGCGGACGAGGAGCGCCGUGCAAGCCGACGCCUUGUCUUCACCUACAUAGUGGUCUUUUUGGUGUGCUGGCUGCCCUACCAUGGCACACUUCUCCUGGACACUCUGGCGCUGCUCAACGAGCUACCACUGAGUUGCACACUGGAGAAUGCGCUGUACGUGGCACUGCAUGUAACACAGUGCCUGUCGCUGCUACACUGCUGCGUCAACCCAGUCGUGUACAACUUCAUCAAUCGCAACUACCGCUAUGACCUCAUGAAGGCCUUCAUCUUUAAGUACUCCACCAAAAGCGGCCUGGCCAAACUCAUUGACGUGACUCGUGCUUCUGAGACUGAAUACUCCGCUGUUGAGAGCCAGGGCCCUCUGUGAGGAAAUUUCCUCUGAAGAAAUUGCUAACUGACUUAACUGUAAACUCUGCUGACCCUCUGUAUUGGGUUGAGACACAUAUGGGACUGUUCCAAAGAGAAAGAUCUCUUAAACUGCUUCUCCUGAAACUGCAUAUGCUUUGUAAGGGAUUAUAGAAUAUUGUAUUUGUUCAGAAUAUCCUGUACAUCUGUAUAUACCGUAGAAUUGUAUUAUUAUUAUUAUUUUACAUUUUUUUUUUGGUAAAUUCAAAUUAUUUUGAGAGAUGUAAUGACAGAAGCACUUGUACCGAGUUGAAGGGUAAGCCAGUAAGCUUGGGCUUUGACUGGUCAAGCGUAUAAGGUUAUAGGGGUCAGUCCAAAUCUGCUCCUGCAGAAGAGACGCUCAGAGAACACACGAAGCCUCAGGGCCCUUUCUGACCUCGAGGCCGACCCCGUCUCCGUUUAUCUGUACCUUACGACCACCUUUAGGCUGUCUAUCGUGGCAUCACAAGUGCUUAGCCAAUGAACCAAGACAGAGUUAAUAAGGAGGGACACAAAAAGAGCCAAAGCAUGGUGAGCAGAGGGGGACAUGUCCAAAUUCUCAUAAAGAGAAAUUGUUAAGGAAUGACUGAAUUGCUUGGAUGUGUUCUAGUAAAAAUCCAGCUGUAGAAACCAGAUAUACUUUUUUAGAUAGAUGUAUGCUUUGUAAAUACUAAGGAAUAUUUAUAUAUUCAACAGUGUGUAUUUUCAGUGUUUUUGAAGUUAAAAUGUACUAUUAAAAUAAAAAAGGAAUUCUUAAAAAUUG